CGCGGGGCUGGGCGGUGGGAGGGCUCCGGGGUUUCUGGUGGACGCUCCUGCCGGCCCCGGCUCCGGGGUCGAUCCUAGAAGUGACCACGGCCGGCUCCGCGGGGCCGUAAAGCGCCCUCAGGGCUCUGGGGUUGGUGUUGGUUGGUGCCCGCCCCGCCGCAGCUCCCGGGGCCGCCCGCGCGGCGCGGCCGGAGCGAGGGCUCGGGCUCGGGGGCUCUGGGCCGGGGAGGACGGGACUGACCCAUCUCUGAUUAACCAGCACGGCCGCCCCGCAGGAGGACCCCGACGGCGACGUCCUGUGCCGGGCCGGAGCAGCGGGUGACGCCAGGCUGCCGCCCGCCCUUGUAGCCUUGCCCAGCCUGGUAAGAGGGCGACAGAGGCGCCCGACCCCCGCGCCCGGCGUCGCUCGGGCGCUCGACGGGGCUGAGCCGCCGGACUCGAGCCGCGGCGCUGGCGGCGGUGAUGGCGAGCGCGUCUCCCGGCCGGGUGCUCAGGGCGGCGUCCGGCGCUUCACCCGCGUGGCAGCGCGGCCAGACUGGGCGCUCCCGGCGCUGCCGGGGCUCCGCACGUCCCGCCGCCCCCGUUCCGGGCCUUCCCCAAAAAACAGCGACCCAGCCGGGCUGGCGCGGCUGCGCCCAGAGCUGCCCCGGCAGCGUCCGCGCUUGGCUUUGCCUCGUGCCGCGCACGGGCCGGGCCCCGAUCGCUCCGGGGCGCUUCCCGGUGUCGCAUCCCUCUCGCCGCCACUCCGGCGUUUUCCGGCGCGAAGCUUUGCCGUCACACGGUGCCGGCAGUGCUGGGUCCGGCCCCGGGCUGCCGGGGCUUUGCCGGGCCGGCCAGCUUGGCCGCGCUCGGCCGCGGCGGCACGUCCCGGUCGGCCGCUGUCCGGCGUCCAUCUGGUGGCUCACGCUCGGUCCCGCGGCGGCUCCUCCCACGCCGGUGGCUGCGGAGGGCUGGGGGGGCGGCAGCCGGUCCUGUCCCGCCCUGCCGGUGCCCCGGCACGGCCGCACUGACCCUGCCUCUCGCGUCUCUCCCCAAGGCAAGCGGAUGCGCGUGCAGCUGUCCACCAGCCGGCUGCGGACGGCGCCCGGGAUGGGAGACAAGAGCGGCUGCUACCGCUGCGGGAAGGAGGGGCACUGGUCUAAGGAGUGCCCGGUCGAUCGCCCGGGGCAAGUGGCGGACUUUGCCGAGGCCUAUAACGAGCAGUACGGAGCCGUGCGCACUCCCUACACCGCGGGCUAUGGGGAGACCGUGUAUUACGAUGAGGCCUACGGCGGGAUGGCCGACUACUACAAGCGCUACCGCGUCCGCUCCUACGCCACGGCCUCGGCGUACGACGCCUACGCGGAGCAGACCAUGGCCCAGUACUCCCAGUACGCCCAGUACUCCCAGGUCCAGUCCUCGGCCAUGGCCGCCACCACGGCCAUGGCCGGCCGCAUCCCCACCACCUUAGACGCGUACGACCGAGCGCUGCUGCCCACCCCGGGCGCGGCGGCCGCCGUCGCCGCCGCCGCCGCCACCGCCGCGGCCGCCGCCGCGUCCUCCACGUAUUACACCCGGGACAGGAGCCCCCUGCGCCGCACGGCCGCCGCGGCCAGCACCGUCGGAGAGGCGUACACGUACGAGCGUGGGCAGCUGUCGCCCGUCUCCUCGGUGGCCCGGGCGUCCCUCUACGACAUGCAGCGCUUCGGGCGGGACCCGUACGCGGACCGGGCGCGAUACUCCGCCUUUUGAGCCGGAGAGGGUGGAUAAUCCAGUGGUAGGUUUUUAGCCCAACGCCGUAGCUGACCGGAGGCCGCCGCGCCGGCGGGGGUGGAACCCACCGAGUGAUUUAGAGUCCCCCGACCCCACUUUCCGGUAAAAUAAAACUCAAAAUUUUU